GUAGAUAACCCAUGUAACAUAAGGGCGAAAAAUAUUCUUCUGUCGAACAACAAAUUUCCGAAUUCUCCGCAAGCUUUCAAUAUAAAUGGCACUAACGUGAUUCUGGAGGAUAACGUAUUCUCCGGAAAGAGACAAGAUAAUUACAUAAAUAAUAAAUUUGAAGGUGAACUUCAAAUUUUUGAAGUGACGGGAAUCAAAGUUUACUUACAAAAUAACACACAUCGUAGUAAUUUCCUAGUGUAUCAAGUAACAGGCGUACAAACACUCAUCGAGUCCAACAACAUUAAUUCGAACUAUCUGGCCUUGCCAAACUUUUAUGGUAUGGAAAAGAAUUCACGUUAUUUAAUAGAACCGUCAAAUUAUCCGUUAAGUUUUGAAAACUAUGCGGAAUUUGAACAUGAAGUGUUGACAAAUUCAAAAAUUAAUCGCGUAGGUUCACCCGUUUUAUCAACAUUUAUGGAACUAAUUCUUAAAUCUAAAAGUAGUUACGUGAACAGUUCG